AUGCUGUUACAAUUAAGGAGGCAGACUGAGGACCUAGAUAAUAGGGGCCGAAGGUCGAACAUCAGAGUCCGAAACCUACCAGAAGCAGCAGGAGAAGAGGAUGUUCAGGCUACGCUGACUGCCCUGUUCAGGGAAAUCCUAGGCCCGGACUCGCCGCCGCGCAUUGACUUUGACCGCGCACACAGAGCCCUGAGACCGCGCAACGCAGACAAUACACCCAGAGAUGUCAUAUGCUGUCUCCAUGAAUACAGGGUAAAGGAGAUGAUCAUGAACAAAGCCAGACUGAAACCAACAUGGCGGUUCCAAGGAGCAGAGGUAGCCCUAUACCAAGAUCUCUCCCCUCUCACACUUGAGGCCCGCAGAGCGCUGAGACCAGUGACACAACUGCUACGCAGUCGCAACAUACCGUAUAAGUGGGGAUUCCCUUUCUGCUUACUGGCCAGACAUCAUAAUGAGUGGCGGCCUUUACGUUGGCCGGAUGAGGUACCGGCUUUUCUUCUAAGCAUGGGCCUACCACGCACGGAGGUUACGGACUGGAUCCUGAACCCGCUGGAACAGAGACCCAACCAGCCAGCCCCGAGAGCACCGAGGCGGCGCAGGGAAGACUCGCCGCUCAGACGGCCAGACCGCUGA